AUGUCAACCACCACUGUUCAGCAGACGGAAGUUGAGGCUCCCUUCACCAAGGAUCCUCACCAGUAUGACUACAGCCGUCUCAAGCCAUAUGUACAUCCGCCUGAGACCAAGGAAGAUCUGCCUUGGUCGGAGCUCGUCACCCUGGACCUCGAAGAUUACCACCGCCCCGGCGGAAAGGAGCGGUUAGCAAAACAACUCGAACAUGCCGUCCACCAUGUUGGGUUUUUCUACGUCAAGAACUAUGGUUUAACAGAGGAGCAAGUGAAUCAGCAGUUCACAUUAGCGAAGAACUUUUUCGAGCUUCCUGUUUCCGAGAAGGAAAAGUAUGAGGUGCGGUACGCCGAGGCCGACUACAAUGGAUGGCGUCGACCUGGACGAAGCCUGCAAGUAAAGUCGCCCGACAACAUUGAAAUGUACAACUUUGCCAAGUUCACUGCGGAUUUUGCGGGCAAAUACGACCACCCGGAUCUGAUCAAGGCCCACCUGCCCGAGAUCGAGGUGUUUCAUCGGGCGCUGCAUAACAACGUAGUGCUGCCAUUGCUGCGCUUGUUCGCCAUCAUUUUGCAGCUCCCGGACGAGGAUUACCUGGUCAAGCAACACACCUACGAGAAAAAGAGCGAGGACCAUUUCCGGUACAUGCUCUACCACCCGCGUACCGAAGAAGAGUGGGCCGCCAGUGACUAUGGCAGGCAGAAUGGGCACACGGAUCUGGGCACGGUGACCCUCCUGUUCCGCCAGCCGGUUGCUGGUCUGCAAAUCCUCGGCGAAGACGGCAACUGGACCUACGUCAAGCCCGAGCCGGGAACCAUCACUGUAAACCUCGCCGACACCAUCAGCCAUCUCACUGGCGGGUGGUUGAAGAGCUCCGUCCACCGUGUCGUCGCACCACCGAAGGACCAGCGUCACUAUAACCGUACGGGGUUGCUCUAUUUUGCUCGUCCGCACAACGACACCGUGCUGGUGCCGAUUACCGAUAGUCCGGUGUUGCAGAAGGCCGGGGUCACCCCUCGCUUCGACAAACUCGUCACAAUGGAAGAAUGGGUCAAGGCCAAGCAGACUUUGCAGCUUAACCCUGAUAUUGCGGCCAAACGCUGGGCGGAGAAAGGGGACGGCACUGUCGAGGUCAUUGCUGGCUUCCGUGACAGGAAGUAUAAGCAGUAA